AUGUCUAUACUGAAAUCGAAACGAAACCUCAGCGUGGAUACGACCGAGUCUCUGUCGGACAUCCCUCCGCCUUAUGAACUGCACUCUUCAGGCCCGCUGCUGUCCAGUGAAGCCGCGAUAUCGCCCGACGGUCAUGUAACGAUCAACUUCCAGUCAGAGAAUCCUCAGCAGCUGGCGGAGGAACUCCCGCCCUUUCCCACUGCCGACGAUGCCACCGCACUGGUGCUCAACGACAAAACGGUGCCUCCUCUGAACAUCGUCAUUCAGGUUGUCGGCAGUCGUGGGGACGUUCAGCCGUUCAUCGCAUACGGGACAGCCCUCCGUCGAUAUGGUCAUCGUGUACGGCUAGCGACACAUGACACCUUUGACAAGUUCGUGAGAGACUCCGGUCUAGAGUUCUUCCCCAUCGGCGGUGAUCCCGCCGACCUCAUGUCGUACAUGGUCCGAAAUCCCGGCCUCAUACCUUCGAUGGAAUCCCUGAGAGGAGGCGACGUGGGACGGAAACGGAGAAUGAUGCGCGAGAUGCUUCGCGGCUGCUGGAAAUCCUGUAUCGACCCGGAUCCCGUCACCAAGCAACCAUUUGUCGCCGACGCCAUCAUCGCCAACCCCCCGAGCUUCGCCCACGUCCACUGCGCCCAGGCCCUGGGCAUUCCGGCGCACAUCAUGUUCACGAUGCCGUGGACCGCCACGCGUGCCUUCCCCCACCCGCUCGCCAAUAUCCAGCGCGGCGACAACCUCGAGCCGGCGACGACGAAUUGGCUGUCUUACGGAGUCGUCGAGUUGAUGACGUGGCAGGGCCUCGGCGACGUGAUCAACUCCUGGAGAAGAAAAGAGCUCGAGCUGGAGCCCGUGCCGGCUAGCAUGGGUCCGGGCAUCACGACGUUCCUUAAGAUUCCGCACACGUACUGUUGGUCACCCGCGGUAGUCCCGAAACCGGCAGACUGGGGCCCGGAAAUCGAUGUCUGCGGUUUCUUCAUGAGAGAUGAGCCGUCGUUCAAGCCACCGGCAGAUCUAGACGCCUUUCUCACGGCGGGUCCUCCACCGUUGUACGUGGGUUUCGGCAGUAUCGUCGUUGAUGAUCCUGCGCGUCUGACGGAGAUCAUCCUCGAAGCCUCCAAGGCCUGCAAUACCCGCGUGAUCAUCUCUCGGGGAUGGAGCAAACUCGGCGAGGGCCAGCCCAACAGUGAGAACGUCUUCUACUUAGGAGACUGUCCUCACGAGUGGCUUUUCAAGAGAGUGUCAGCUGUCGUGCACCACGGAGGAGCAGGGACAACGGCUUGCGGCCUCAUCAACGCACGACCGACCAUCAUCGUACCCUUCUUCGGCGACCAGCCGUUCUGGGGCCGCGUCGUCGCCAAUGCAGGCGCAGGACCCCUCCCCAUCCCGCAAAAGGAAUUGACCGUCGAGAGACUCUCGACAGCCAUCCAGUUUUGCCUGUCCCCAGAAGCGAAUCAGGCCGUGAGUCGAGUGGCAGACGUGAUGCGCCAGGAGCGCGGCGUCGACGCCGCAGUCGCGUCUUUCCACCGCAACAUACCGGCUACAAGCCUGACCUGCGACUUCUUACCCGACCAGCCCGCAGCGUGGACCUACGAGACCAAGUCUAAGUCGGGCCGCAAACAUCUCAAGAUCUCGAACCAGGCUGCCUCAUACUUGAUCGAGGCGAAGAAACUCAAGGCUAACGACUUGAAGCCCCUUCGUACGAGGGAGUAUAACACUGACGUCAAGCGGUGGGAUCCCAUCACCGGCGGUGCCUCGUCCCUUUUGGGGAUAGUGACUGACUUCACUUUCGCCCUUGGGGGCACGUUCAUCGAUCCCUGGAAAGAGUAUAAACGCGCCAGGGCUUCCGGCCGCGAAGCCGGCCGAGCGAGCGGCGCUGCCGCGAUGGCAGUAGGAAAGGGAAUCGCCUCCAUGACUGGGGUUGUCGCCAAAGGCGGCCUCGUGAACAUGCCUUUGGCUCUGGCCGAUGGCUUACACAACGUCCCCAAACUUUUGGGUGGCCAGCCUCGAGACAAUGGAAAGGUUGAAGACUGGAAGAGCGGCGGCGUUGUUGCCGCCAAGACCUUUGGAACCGGCUUCUACGAUGGAAUCACAGGCGUCUUCGUCGAUCCGUACAAAGGUGCGAAGGAAGGGGGGGCCCUCGGCCUGGCGAGGGGUGUGGGCACAGGGUCCCUCGGUCUUAUAACCAAACCGGGAGCAGGACUGUUCGGGCUGGUGGGAUACCCGGCCCAGGGAAUUCAUAAAUCCCUCAAGGCCAGCAUGGGACGGAAUCGCGCGGUGUGGGAGUCCAAGUCUCGGCUUCUGGACCACGAUCGGCAGAGGCAGGUCGGGGAUGCCCCCCGCGCGAGGUCGAAGGUCCUGCAGGUAUUUGACGCUUAUUUUACGCAAUAA